AUGUCCGGAUCAAAGUCUAUCACCGGUUUUCUGGACGUCGCCUUUGGACCUAACAAGGCGAAGGUCUUGAAGAAUGCCAAGUCGACUGCCGUGCAAAGCGGACACGCCCGGAUAUUCCCAACUCAGAGCAAAGACAAGGCCUUCGACCUCCGCCUAGAUGGCGGCCCCCUAAGUAACGACGGCAAGAAGCCGUUCCACUUCCAGGUCAACGCCCAGGCCAAGUCCCAGGGACUCAUCACCUGGGUCGGUAAACAGGGUAGCAAGGGGACGCACGCCGACCUGGCCGUGGAGGUCUUCGACACCAAAGCCAAGGACCAGGACGCUGAGGCGAAGAGAGUCCACACUUCGCUGGAGAAGCAGGCUUUGGCAAAUCUGAAGGCGGGCAAGGCCGCCAAAUAA